CUACGCGACAUUGACGAUUUGCUCAGCCUAAUCUCCUUAGCCAACCUGACCUCAGAUGAUACCAUCAAUGCGAGCCCCCAAAUGUAUCAGUCCAGACUUAAUUUCAAGCAUACCACCUCAUCAGAACACAAUCACCUUCUGGAUGAAUCAGUUGUCGAAAAUGUGCUUCUUGUUUCUGCAACUCGUGGCGCAUUUAAAGGCGAAUCGAGCAUUUAUUCGCCUCAUGAACCGGCAACUGAGGCUACUCUAGCCCGAGGAUGGCGUUCAGCUGUGAACACACCAAACGGUAUUCCAUCUCGGCUGGACCCAAUGGCAUCACAUGAGCAAGCUCAUCAUCAUUCGCCCUUAAGAUUGGCCAGUAUGAUGCAUCGCCGACGCGGGUCUGCCAUCCUGAUGGAGCAUUACAUGUACACACAUUUGAGGAUUGCUCAUUCAGCCGAGAUGGAGGCACUUACGCAGGAGCCCGUGAUCGUCUUAUCCAGGCCGCAUGUUCGAGGCAUAAUGGUGACUGACUUUACAAUGGUGGGCCUGGCGUGUUUACGCGCUUAUGUCGCCAGGAAUCAGAUCCGCAUCUACAAGGAUAUAGUUAUGAUGAACCAUGGACAAGGAAAUGUGCGUUGGUAA